GGAUAAACAAAACCCUAAUUUCCAGCUAUAUAUAAACCGCUGCUAAAGAUUUUUGUUCGCUCACUCUCCGCCGUCUCUCUCUCUCCCGCGCGACGCUUAACGAUCUCAGCUAUGGCCGCCGCCGUUGAAAUCGACGCUGAGAUUCAGCAGCAGCUUACCAACGAGGUCAAGCUCUUCAACCGCUGGACCUACGACGACGUCUCGGUCACAGAUAUCAGUCUUGUUGACUACAUUGGAGUUCAGGCAGCUAAACACGCUACCUUCGUCCCCCACACAGCCGGAAGAUACUCUGUGAAGAGAUUCAGGAAGGCUCAGUGCCCCAUUGUUGAGAGGCUCACAAACUCUCUCAUGAUGCACGGGAGAAACAACGGAAAGAAGUUGAUGGCGGUGAGGAUCAUCAAGCACGCCAUGGAAAUCAUCCACCUCUUGACUGACGCCAACCCGAUCCAGGUCAUCAUUGACGCCAUUGUUAACAGUGGUCCUCGUGAAGAUGCUACCAGAAUUGGGUCUGCUGGUGUUGUUAGGAGACAAGCCGUUGAUAUCUCGCCUCUAAGACGUGUCAACCAAGCUAUCUUCUUGCUUACAACCGGUGCUCGUGAGGCUGCUUUCAGAAACAUUAAGACUAUUGCUGAGUGCCUUGCUGAUGAAUUGAUCAACGCAGCUAAGGGCUCUUCCAACAGCUAUGCCAUCAAAAAGAAGGAUGAGAUUGAGAGAGUCGCCAAGGCUAAUCGUUAAGGAGUUUCCUUUUGCGCUGAGGGUUAUAAUUUUAUCAAAUCAAUUUUAUGCUCUGUUUUGAACUAGAUUGGAAUGUGUUUCAGUUCAGAUGUUUUGUUCUUUGAAGUUGCUUUGUCUGAACUACUUUGAAUAGAUACAUUUUAUUGAUUUCCAUAUGAUUACAAGGAA